UCUAAUCAACCAAACAGAAGAGGCCACAUGACUGACUUCAGUUUGAUAAUUCGAACUGCUAAUCUUUCAGUAAUAUGUGAACUAAGAAUGAGCUACCAACUCAUAGAUAAUGAUUAAUGCAAUAAUUUUUCAUGCUUUUUAUCUACUCAUUUGGAGCUUGAGUCAUGUGUUCAGUGUUGAUCAAAAUCUAAUUAAUCAUUUCUCAGAAUCCAAAUUGGUUCCAGAAUUAAUUCCAGAAGCACCCACCGAACUUUGCCAUGUCACAUAUUCGGAGUAUGGGGUCGUCCAGCCUGGAUCUGUUUUAACUGACGAGCAAUCAUUUGUCCAACCCAGCAUAACUUGGGAUGCGGAUCCUAAUUCGUUGUACACUUUAUAUUGGGCUGGCAUAGCAAGCCAAAGAUUGGUAGCAACCAGGUCACCAGAUUAUGAGGAUAUGACUUAUGAAGAUCGCAUAAAAACAGAAUACAGCAUAAUGGUGGUUGUCAACAUCCCAGGGAACAAUUACUCUGUAGGAUUAGACUUAUGGAGUUAUGUGCCACCAGGAGACCCUCCUGUGAAAAAAUUACGUGACAGAUACGCAAUUCUGAUUUACAAACAACAAGAUACCAUCGUUCCUCCGACCAAAAAAAUAAAAUACGACGAAUAUGAAUUUCAAACAUUCACACCACUGAUUAAAUUUGUCAAACAGUAUAACCUUAUUGGUCCUGUGGCUGGGAAUAUGUUUUACACGCAAAAAGAUGACAACGAACGAAUAUGAGGUAUCUUAAGUUUCUGUCAACAGUGACGAGUUUUCGACUUCAAUCAGAACUACCAACCCAUAAAAACAUAUUCAAUUUUUUUCUGAUGCCUAAUUUCAUUUUCAUCGAGCCAAAAAAAAUCAUCCAAUAAUUUGAUUUUCAAUUUCAAUAAAAUAUCCUCUUUCUCCCUCCUUCAAAAAAUUAACCAAUCUAUUCAUAUCACUGUAGAAUUAAUUUUGAAUAAAAUUGUUCUGAAAGUAGGUAUACCCAGACCUAAA